UUAUCUCUCCUCUUGCUGUUCUUCCGUACAAGUUCUCCAAAUUUUGCAAUGGUUUCCUACUCCAGCAUUAAUUACAAUAUUUCAUUCCAGACGAAUCCAGUCAUUUUUGAUGGUCCGAACCCUUCAUACUCGAAAUGUGCUCCUCGACCUUGUUAUCAGAGAGAGGACCACAUUCAGGGGUGCAACAGUGGCACAUGAUCGGUUUCAGCCUUUCGUCAAGGUUUCUUGCAGUAUCAUUCCAGCCUGUUCCACCCAAGAACUACAAACACUAGAUAGCACCUUCUUCUUCAUUCUUAACGAGUUUCAACUCAUGGAAAUACCCUCACAGAUCAUCCAUAGCCUUUCUUUGGAGAUUGCCUAUCGGACAUGGAUCCUAACUGACUCCCUCCAGGGGUCUGGCCUGGAGGUUCACGUAGUUGUCGAUAUUAAUGGAGAGAGAGAAAUUGUCCAAGUUGAAGAAGUGGAAACUGGGUAUCUUGAGUUUCUUAGGAUCAUUGAGGCCUCACAAGAGGAUUAUCCUGCUAAACCAGUUUCUAAGUCUGUCGUAGAGGCCCUAAAGAGUGCAGAUAUCGGGGAACAAGAGGAGGUUACUUGUGCAGUGUGCAUGUCUGAGAUUGAUUCUUCCGAUGCUGAUACGAAGGUGCUUCCGUGCUCUCACAGGUAUCAUAGUAGUUGUAUCUUCAAGUGGUUCGAGUCGAGAAAUUCGUGUCCUGUAUGUAGGUACCAGUUGCCUACUGAGUAAGAUUUCUAUCUUAACCACCAACUAACGAUUUGUCCGAAUCCGAAGCCCUCCACUAACAAUUUGCCGGAAUCCGAAGCCCUCUACUAACAAUUUGUCCGAAUCCGAAGCCCUCCACUAAC